UCUGGCUUUGCCUAAUGCUCUAACAUUUGUGUUUAGAAUUCUGUGCUUGCAGCAUUUACUUACACCAAAAUGAAAAAGGAAAAGAGGCGCCUGACUGAGAAAAUCGUGAAUCAUGCCCUGGGGAUUAUCUACUUGCUUACAGGAGAGGAGUAUGUCAUAGUGAAGAAGAAUUCACCUCAUAGUGCCAACCACCUGCUGUCUGGAGAGGUGCCUAUAAAAUGUGGGGAUGUCUCAAUCUAUUUUUCCAUGGAUGAGUGGGACUUUAUAGAGGAACAUAAACAACUUUAUCAUGAAGUUACACUGCAGAACCCAAACACAUUUCAUCCUUCUGAAAUCCUAGCAGCUAUCAGCCAAGAAUGCCAUGAUGACCCUCUAUGCAUGAAGGACAUAAUGGGUGGAGGAUUAAGGGAUGUUCAACAAGUAGAAAUACGUUCGGGCAACUGUGCAGACAAUUUUAUAGACGAGCAGGACAGUGCCUUAAACAAUGAAAGAGACGACUGUGAAACAAAUGAAAAUGACAUUCUUCAGGUGGAAAUUGACUCACAAACAUAUUCUGAAGAAUAUUACCCUAACCAUAUAUCUGACAACGAGCAAACUGAUGAUCUGUAUGCCAGGAGCUGCGAGCAGGAAACACACGGUGAUACUUGGACAGUGCAUCCUACUUUCACUGAUUUCAUAGACAGGACUAUUCCUGAAGAAUCCUACAGUGUGAACUGCUCCCCGGAUGGUUUGGCAGAGGAUGACCUUAGCUUUUUCCAUGGGCUUCAGGAAGAAAAUUCACCUGAAAAGUCACCUUCAUACGAGAUAGGCAAUCUCACAUUUACUUCUGUGUCUGAAGAAUGUGAACAAGGAUCACUGCUUCUGAAUGAGAGCUUUACUAAUAUAAAUCAUGAAGAACCAAAGGGAGAUAAGCAGUUGGCAACCAGGAAGGUUGGAAAGACUUCUGAAAGAGUUAGCAGAUCUCAAUUUCAAACCAGUAAUCAAACCCUGCAUGUCGAGGAAAAACCCCACCACUGUGAAGAGUGUGUGGAAAAAAUACUUUGAUUACAAAUCCAAUCUCAUCCGACACCAGAGAACUCAUACAGGGGAAAAACCAUAUGGGUGUGAUGAGUGUGAUAAGCGCUAUGCCACCAAAUCACAUUUGACUAUCCACAAGAGAACUCACCUGAGUGGAAAACCACAUCGGUGUGACCAGUGCGGAAAACACUUUACAUACAAGUCCCAGAUUACCAUGCAUCAAAGGACUCAUACGGGAGAAAAGCCUCAUACCUGCAGCCUCUGUGGGAAGAACUUUGCCUAUAAAUCGUAUCUGAUAAUUCAUCAGCGGAUCCACUCAGGUGAGCGACCCCACAUGUGCCCGCAGUGCGGAAAAUGCUUCACAGACAAGUCAAACCUACGCAAGCACCAGAACACUCACACAGAGAACAAGCCUUACGUCUGCAGAGAGUGUGGCAAGCACUUCAACUCUAAGUACAGUUAUACUACACAUCAGAGGACACACCAAAGAGGAAAGUGCAAAUAA